AUGCUGGGCAGAUUGACAGGCCGUACUCAGGCUUCCAAGUUUCUCGCCGCAGCACGACUCUUGGUCUACACCAUGGGCUUUGGGAAAUUGCUCUACUCCCACAUUUUUGAGCUCUACAAGUCCUCCAGCCGACAGGAGUGGAAAUACAUUUGUGGUCUGCGGAUUCCGACUUACCUUCUCAAGAGCACCGAAAUGCUCAGCUUUGCCUUGAUGAUCAAUAUGGCCUUCAUGCUCACGGCUUUGCUGGAGUUCCAAUGUGAGCAGUACACAGAUAUUUUGAGCUUGGCCUAUGAGUUCUUCUUGGUAAUGGGUAUCAUAUUGUCGCCUGGGCGGAAGCGGACCAGGAUCAGGUAUGUGGUCCUGAUCUUCGGCAUCGGCAGCAGCAUCUCCAUCCAGAUCUCGGAGUACCGCGUGCUGUGCUUGCGCGCUGUGAAACAGGUGAUGCUGUGCUUUGGUGUCAUCACGCUGGCAAUCUUCACCUUUGGCUUUGCCAUCACGGCCAUGACUCGGGAGGCCGAGCACGAACAGCUCGAGUGGAACAACUUGGGGGUGACCAUGAGCAAUCUCUUUCAACUCGCUGUUGGCAUGCUGGACUUAGAGCCUUGGACGAUUAAAACCUGGCUCUAUGAUCAUGCAUGUCCAGCUCAAAAAUAUGACUCCGAGCAUUGUGCAAUACCAUUAUUGGGUGCAGUGGACGUGGGAAGCUUUGCCAACUUGAUUGGCAUGGAAAAGUCCUUUUGUUUCCAGAUGCUUCAGACCACAUGUCAUGACGGCUUCUUCGUGUCGCAGCUUCGGCCUCGUUCGCCCGCGUCGUCUUCGCACGUUGAGGGAGAGCUCAGCAACAUUGCGGAUGAGAGUCCGUUUCUCCUCAUCGUGCCUUGGCGAAGAGACGAGAACUUGCAGGGUUCGGAGGGUGCUGGAUCUCGAGAGGAUCCGUCGAAAAUUGACAUCGGUCGAUUGACCGACAAAAUGAUCCUGGCUUCGUUCAUGCUCCUGGUCUACAGCUUCUUCUUCAACCUCUUGGUCUCGCAGUUCUGUGGUGUCUACGCCUCCUUGGCUGCCGAUAGCGAAGGCCAUGCACGCCUGUCCAGGGGCGACGUCAUCUUGGACACGCUCAAGGCGGUUCAGAUGAAGCGAUGGAAGCAGUUCAUCCUCAGCUUGUCCCUCGACCUUCGGACGGACUUCGACGAGGGCGAUAUCGGCCUUGCCGGAGGUGUGAAAGUCUUCGAGCCUGCAGGAGCAAACCCCAAGACACAGGAGACAAGCUGGGUCGAACGUGGACCUCAAGUUUGGAUCAGCAAGUUCCGCGAUGUUCAGAUUCAGAAGUCUUUGGCCCAUUACCUGGGCAAGAAGGGUGACGGUAGCGACUUCACGCCACUCGAUUAA